AGACCAAGAGCCGAACCGCAGGCCCGGAGAUGGUGGGCGGUUGCACCCAUCCACUCCGACGUCACUCCGAUCAUCCUGUGCUUUUUGAUUGCGUGAUGAGUUACAGAGUAUUUGAAUGUCUCCUGUCUCUCAACUCAGAAAACUAAACAUUCUCAGCAGGUGACUGAGUGAUCUUUUCCCAUCCCAUUGCAUCCCAUUGCAAACAUCCCGGUGUAAACAAAUCAUCACCAAAUACUUCCUCAGCUCCCGGACUUACAGGCCCACAGCGGGAGUUGGACAUCGGGUCUUAGCGGAUUGCUCCACCAAGAACGACUUGGCGAACAUCCAGACAUCAACCUCAUCAAGUCCGGUAUCUCAAGAGACACCAGCAGCAAUGGCGGCAGCAAAGAACGGACAAGGCAUGCUCUACGUGACGAUGCAGCCCCAGGAGGGCCUCUCGCUCGACCAGUUCCACGAGUGGUACAACAACGAGCACGGCCCUACCCGUCUGCGUCUCCCCCAGAUCUUUUCCAACGGCCUGCGCUACCAGGCCACCGACGGCCAGCAGCCGCACUUCCUGGCCGCCUACGAUGUGACCGACAUGGCCCACCUCCUGACGCCCACCUACCUCGAUCUGCGCGCCAACCGGUCCUCCCGUGAGGCCGAGACCAUCGGCCAGGUCAAAGUCGACCGUUUCUUCUUCGACCUCGUCUGGACCCAGGAAGCCUCGUCCUUCAAGCCGGCCGAGCAGUGCACUAACGCCGAAGCAGAGGGCCGCGUUCUGGUGGCUGUCGACGUCUCGCUCAGCCUGGCCAACGAGCCCGACGCCGCCGCCGAGAAAGUCAUCCAGUGGUACGAGGAGGAACACAUCCCCAUGCUGUCCAAGAUCCCCGGCUGGUUGCGCAGCCGGGUGCUGCGGACGCCUUCUUCUAUCGAAGGCUCCAACGCCGGCGAGACCAAAAUCAUCACCCUCCACGAGUACGCUCCCCAAAACGGCCUCGGCGGCCCCGAGCACAAAGCCUCCAUGGACACCCCCUGGCGCACCGAGGUUUUUGACAAGUACAUCACCGAAAAGGGCCGAAGGACUUACUCCCUCUUCUACGUCUUCGGGCCCGCGCCCCGCGAUCUGGAGCACCUCUCCCGCUUGCCCGCCUCCAAGGCCUUCUCCGCUGCUGCCCCCCGCCUCACCACCACCGCCGGCUCGGAGGGGCCCAUCAUCUCCAGCUACAUCACCACCCCCCACGACGGCCUGACCAUCCCCUACCAGCUGGAAGGUAACCCCUCUCCCACCGCCCCCGUCAUCGCCUUCUCCAACUCCCUCCUCACUUCGCUGCACAUGUGGGACCACCUGGUCAAGCUGCUUAAGCAAGCUCGGCCCGAUCUGCGGAUCCUGCGGUAUGACACGCGUGGAAGACACGCUAUCUCCUCCCCCCCGCAGCCUGCCACUUUGGAUCUCCUAGCCGACGACCUCGCCUCCCUCCUCGACGCGUUGCGCAUUGAUAAGCUGCAGACGCUAGUCGGUGUAAGCAUGGGCGGCGCCACGACGCUCAAUUUUGCUAUCCGCCACCCUUCUCGUCUCGGCAAGUUCGUGGCGUGCGACUUUAACGCUGCUUCAUCAGAAGCCAACACGCAAGCGUGGAAAGACCGUAUCGCUGUCGCUGAGUCUGAUGAGGGGAAGGGGCUUAAAGAAAAAUUGGCGGCGGUGACGGUGGAGAGGUGGUUCCACCCCAACACAAUGGAGAAGAAGAGGGAGACGGUGGAGUGGAUGACGGAGAUGGUUGCGGGGAAUGAUGUGGAGGGUUUCCGGUGGUCUUGUCAGGCGUUGUGGGGGUAUGAUUUGAGGGAGAAGAUGAAGGGUGUCAAAGAGGUGGAGGGGUUGUUUGUGGUGGGGGAUGGGGAUGGUAAGGGGGCGUUGGUUAAGGCUAUGGAGGGUUUCAGGGGGUUGCUUGGAGACAAGGGAGGGGAGUUAAAGGUGGUGAAGGAGGCGGGGCAUUUGCCGAUGUGUGAGAGCCCGGAGGGGUUUUGGGAGGCUGUUAGGGAUUUUAUUUGAGGGAGGAAGUGGUUGGAUAGGUAAAGAGUGAGAGAUGAGGGUUUGAUGGUGUUGAAGAAGUAACGAAAUGAAUGAGAAUCUGGCGUUGUCGGUUAUCAUGAAGGCUGCCUCUCGUGUUGUUGAGGUGGGCGUAUUAUGCACUUGUGGUGGGCGGAUGCAUCGAGAAUCCUUCAGGACUGCAGUGAAGCAAACAUCG